GGUUUUGUUUCCGAGAGGUAAAGGCUUCCACAGCUCUGCUAUCGUCGGCUUUUGUUUCUGGGAGGCGGUGGUUUUGUCAGUACCGCUGUCAUCGGCUUGUGUUCCCGGGGGGUGGUAGCUCCUCUAGUAUCGCCUUCUCCGGUUUUGUUUCUUUGGCUCCGGAUUUUAUUCCUUUUCUUCUCGAUCUAUGAGUCUGCACUUCAAAGCCUCUCUACCUCUUGAUCUAUCAUCUGAAACCGCUGCAUGGAUGUCGGAGGUGAUGGAUUGAUUGUAGGCGUUUAUUUGUUCGAGUGAUAUCAUAGAUCUGUGUUGGUGUGUGGUGAACCGUUUGGCUUGGGUUUUGGACGAGAUCUCGAUGUGUUAGAUCGAUGGAUGCUCUCCGAUGAAGGUUCUCGAACGGAGAAGGUCGCACAGUCUCAAUCUGGUGGUGUUGGUGGUGUGCGGCGCCGUUGACGUCGGUUAGCUUGGGGAGACUAGGGUUUCCAGCUUCUGGGCUGUGGGGUUUGGACUUUAGGUCCGUUUGUGGUUUUUUAGUUAGGUUGGAGUUUUGGCUUCGUAUUGUAAUGUUUUCGGAUGGGCUUUGCUCUUAAUAUUAAAUAUUCAGAGAAAAAAAAAACAACAGUGCUAUGUGCUAAAUUUAUUGUCAUCCAAGUCAUGACAAAAAAGCCCAUUGGGUCAAAUAUUUAUCAAACACGUGAGCCCAAUAAAAGGGAAACCAGGACUACUAAAUUACUUUGCUAAACCUAAUGGGCGUUUUCGUGAUUAAAUGAAACAACCAGGGGCAAGAAGAGAAAUCUCAAGCAUCGAGACACUUGAUGAUAGUAUCUUUUCAUCAUGUGGGUCCAGAAUUUACCUUUUACUUUACAGGCCGGUCCUUUACUUUCUAUUGCUUUUCCUAAUCUCUUCCAACGUAUUUUCCCACUGCAGAAUACUAAUCAAAUUACGGAAAUACCCCUGCUAACAACACUAAUCAAAGUUAUUGUGUUAUGUCCUUUUCUUUUCUUGCCUUGUCUUCUUCCCCUUCUUGACUUCUCUCCUCUCUCCUUCAAAGCCCGACAGUAAUUUUGACCGUUGCUUUCUCCAACGUCUCUUCUCCUCACGCUCCUCCACAGCUUCUUUUGACCAUUACACACAACCCUAUUAGGUUUCUCUCUUUUGUCUUAUCUCUCUUUUUUUUCUGGGUUUCUUCUUUGCUUUUUCUUUAACAUUUCACCAGAACCAAUCCAAGAUUUUCCACUGUGCAUGGGUUUUAGUUCUUUCUUGAAGAGGGUUUAAGAAGAGUCUUGUAAGCUAAGCAAAGAAUCUUUCUUCAGAGACAUUAAGUUAAAAAAAAACAAUGUUUUUUUCUAUGCUAUCUUCUUGAUCUGUGUGGAUUUUGAAGCUUAAAGAGAGAGAGAGAGAAAUGGGAUGUUCUCAUUCGAAGCUAGACGACGAGGAAUCAGUUCAGAUCUGUAAAGACAGGAAACGUUUCAUCAAACAAGCGAUAGAACACAGAACCAAGUUCGCUUCUAGUCACAUUGCUUAUAUCCAGUCCCUUAGAAAAGUCUCUGACGCUCUCCAUGACUUCAUCCAAGGAGACAACUACAAGCCUCCUCACGACUUUCUUCAGGACUCAUUCGUGACUCCUGUUAAGAGACUACCACCGAGCAGAAGCCACCGCCGUAGCAGCAGCAGGAGCGGCGGCGGAGGUGGAGGUGGUGAGUUCAUAACGAUUUCACCUUCUUCUAUGCCUCCUGCUAAAAUGAUUCAAGAUAAGCCAAGAACGAAGGUGAGAGCGAGUUACUUGAUGGCUAACAGAACCAGACCGGUUCGUGUUGAAGAGAGGUCUCCUGAAACGUUUCGUGUUGAGUCAUUCUCACCUCCUCCUAGUCAUGAAGCAGAUGGUUUCUUUGGGAUGAAUAUGAAUAUGAAUAUGAACACUUCUGCAGCUUCUUCUUCUUCGUUUUGGAACCCUUUGAGCUCUCCUGAGCAACAGAGGUUGAGUACUCAUAACAUUCCACCUCCUUCACCGCAGAACUCUCAGUGGGACUUCUUCUGGAAUCCCUUCUCUUCUUUGGAUUAUUAUGGAUAUAACAAUAGUUAUGAUAGAGGAAGUGUUGAUAAUAAUAGGAGUGGUGGUAUGGAUGAUGAGAUUAGAGGACUGAGACGUGUUCGUGAGGAAGAAGGGAUUCCAGAUUUGGAAGAAGAUGAUGAACCUCAACCUCCUCAGCCUGUGAGGUUUCAUACUCCUAAAGUAGUAGUUGAAGAAAGUAAGAGUUGUUGCAAGGAGGAAGUUAAAGUUGAAGAUGUUGAUGACAAUGAUGAUGAUGAUGAUGAAGAUGAUGAUGAGUUUACUGAUAGUGGCUGUGAAGAAAGUGAGAACGAGGGAGAUGAGAAAUGCGUUGGGAAGAAAGAACAGCGAACAGUUGAGGUGCCUAGAGUUGAAACUACAGGGAGUGUUGUUGUUGAAGAGGUGAAGAAUGUUGUUAACGUUGCUAAAAGAGAGACGCCAGGCUUCACGGUGUAUGUGAACAGGAGACCAACGAGCAUGGCAGAGGUAAUCAAAGAUCUUGAAGAUCAGUUCACAACUAUAUGCGACGCGGCUAAAGAAGUCUCGGGGCUCUUGGAAGCUAGCAGAGCUCAGUACGCACCAUCCUCUAGUGAUCACAGUGCAAUGAAAAAGCUGAAUCCAGUAGCUUUGUUCCGCUCCGGUUCAUCAAGAUCUUCCUCUUCAAGAUUCUUGCUCACUUCUUCUUCUGGUGGUUCAAAGGAGAGUGGCUCUGAGAGCAGAAGCGAUGGUUCAGAUGAGUCUUGCAUGGUUUCAGGUAGCCACCAGACAACAUUGGACAAACUUUUCGCGUGGGAGAAGAAGCUCUACGAUGAAGUUAAGUCUGGAGAGCGUGUUAGAAGAGCAUACGAGAAGAAAUGCAUGCAGCUGAGGAAUCAAGAUGUUAAAGGAGAUGAUCCUUUUGCAGUUGAUAAAACAAGAGCUACCAUCAGAGACCUAGACACGCAGAUAAAGGUCUCUAUACACUCUAUUGAAUCUAUCUCCAAAAGGAUUGAGACUCUUCGUGACCAAGAACUGUUGCCUCAGCUUCUCGAGCUCGUUAAAGGAUUAACAAGGAUGUGGCAAGUGAUGGCAGAGAGUCAUCAAAUACAGAAACGAACACUGGACGAAGCUAAAAUGUUACUUGCAGGGACACCAGUCUCAAAGCGUCACAAGAAGAGACAACAACAACAACCUUCAAUAAUGCCAGAGACCAUCAACUCACAAAGAUUAGCUCAAUCUGCACUGAAUCUUGAAGCUCAGCUUCGAAACUGGAGAGGCUGUUUCGAGUUCUGGAUCACGUCUCAAAGAUCCUACAUGACAGCAUUAUCCGGUUGGCUACUCAGAUGUCUUAGAUGUGAUCCUGACCCUGACAAAGUUAGACUAUCCUCAUGUCCUCACCCGAUAUACCGAGUCUGCAUCCAGUGGUCGAGGCUGCUCAACAGCUUGAACGAGAAGCCGGUUCUGGACAAACUUGAGUUCUUUGCCUCUGGGAUGGGUUCAGUCUACGCAAGACAGGUUAGGGAAGAUCCGAACUGGAGUGGAGGCGGGUCAAGAAGGUAUUCCGGGUCAGAGAGCUUGGACCUUGUGUUGGCUGAUAGGGUGGGAGAAGAAGAUGUUGUGAUGACUGCUGAGAAGCUUGCAGAGGUUGCUGUUAAAGUUCUCUGCCAUGGGAUGUCUGUUGCAGUGAGUUCACUCGCUGAGUUUGCUAUCAACUCGGCUGAUGAACACUCAAAGCUUGUUAACCAACCAGAGGAAGCUGCUGACGCCAAGCCGGAUGUAAAUUCCAAUUCCUAAUUGUUAUUUUGGUUUUUAGAGAGUUUAGAGAUUAGGUUAGGUUACUUGGCUAUCAUCUUUUGCUAUCAGAAGAUAGUUUUUAGAUGGAUGAGAUUUGUAUUAUUAGUAAAAGACAAAACAGAGUUAGUUCAGUUGACUUUGAGGAUGAACAACAAAGAGACUUUCAACACAUUUGUAUCUUGUAAGAUUUUGGUAUAAGAUUCACUUCCCAACA